CUCGACCCGGAAUGUCCGUGGCGCUCCCGCGGGCCUCAUUUCGUGCCAAACUUCUCUGGUGCGUAAUGUGGUUCUCGCGGGCCGCAAAGCGGCGUCCCGGUGUUUGCCUCGUCGGCUUGUCCCCGAACUUCAAGAAGCCGGCAACGUCUGAACUUCAAGUCUGCACAACGCGUCGCGUCGGGGACUUGCUGCGGGCGGAGCGCAGCUUCGACUUGGCUGCUAGACCUGCAGAGUGCACAUGGACCAGCCGUGGCUUCGCGCUCAAGCGUUAUUCGAGCGCUGACGUACUGACACGCCCCGUGCCGCUCCGGCUUAGCUUUCGCACUAUCGCCGACGGAGUCUUCAUGGCGGACGUGCUCCCGGCAUUGGAUCGAGAGCGCCGACUGUCUUCACACACCCCUUGGGCCACAACGGCUGAUCUUCCUGGCGGAUAUCCUCCCGGCACUACCUCAAGUGAGCACUUUCUCAUACGUCCACGAGUAGACUAUAAGCAAGAAUCGUGCUUCUAG